AUUUCUUCUUCUUCUACAGUACACAGCACCGCCCGUCGUACAAAGACUCCCAACAAUCCUCAAAUACAUACCUCAUAACAUGCAUUGAGAUCCCUUCCGAUCCUUGCUGUCUAGUACGGCUUUCAAAUCCCACAACCAUAUACACCACUCCUUCCUAGCGUCCAUGAUACCCGACAGCAAUUGAAACCAACAACAACAAAAAGAUGUUCUCCGUCAUCAUCCCCGGCCGACCCUGUCUAACCGACAUCGUCCCCGUCGACGGCCAACCCAACGGCCAACCCACCAAAUUCGCCUUCACCUUCCCCCACACCCCGGCCUUCGAUGAGUUAGUGGUGUUCUUCCUCCCGGGCACCGUCCUCCCCCCGGACACCGCCGCCGCCAUCUACCUCCAAUUCCCCACCGCCCAGAAUGCCCCCGGGGCAUCGCAGUUUCGUUUUAUCGGCGCAUUGGCCAACGAGCGACCCUCUGCCAUCUUCAAAGUCCGUCCGCCACCCCCGGAGACGAUCUCCUCGCUGUCCUCCGCGAUGGUCACGCUGGGGAUAUCGAUCGAGCCCGUCCAGGCGGUUGCGCCGCAGUUGGCGGCACUGGAGGCGGAGGACCAAUCGGCUGGCAGCAGCAGUGACGCUUCCGGCGCAAUGUCGAUGGCGUUGACACCCGUCAGGGCACAGCAGAAGCAGAUCAGUACGAAGGUCCUGGCGCAGAGGAUUAUUGGGAAUGCGUUCAACUUUCUGGCAAGCUUUGCCAGCUCGGAUAAGGGGCAGGAUGUAGUGCCGCUGAAGAGUUUUCAGGAUUGGUGGAGGAAGUUUGAGAGGAGGGUCGAGAUGGAUCCGUCGUUUUUGGAGAGAGAGGACCCUGGUGCUACGGGGUAGGGAGCUGUUUUUCCAAUGGUGGGGGGGGGAGUGCGCAGGUUUGAACAGUUUAGCAUGUACGAUUCAGCUUCAGAUACCACGCUUCUGUGUA